AUGCGACGUGCCACAGUUGCGAUGGUUGCGCUCUUGCACGUUGGUGCGAGCGCGAUGACGAGCCGACCACCGAGCCAAGUGACCGACGUGAUCGCUGAGCAGACGCGCCAAGUGUUCCCGCCAUGGGAGCGAGGCUCGGGCUGGCUUGGAUUUCGCAUGUGGGAGCACGAGUCGCACGAGCAACCGCGGCUGCCGGACACGUACCACGAUGAAUGGCACCUGGUCAACUCGCCGAUCCGCGGCGUGGUAACGCAGUCCAGCGCAAGACACAGGCUCGGCAUCACGCUCAAAGACGCCGAUGCACUCUUCCAAAGUCGAAUCCUCGAGCGCCAUCGCACCGAUCCGCUCGACCACCCCCAAACGCAAGCGCAAAUGCAGACGCAACCUCGACAGUUCGCUGCACACGCCCAAACAAACAGUCUCAGUGUAGACCAUGUCGAUCCGAGCGCAGACCACCAUCCUCCGCCGACAACCCACCCAGCGCACGCAUCAAGCUCCACGGUGCGCUCACAUCACACAUCCAUGUGGUCGUCCUUGUUCAAACCGCUCUUCCGUCCGCGCAAGACCAACACCCCGAAUCCUCCCCAGUCUCAUCGGCCCUAA